CAAAAUGGGUUCUCUCCUGUUGGGUUCUGCUAAAUCAAUUCCUAUUAUUCUCAUCUUUAUCUUGUCAUCUACUCUUCAAAACUUCACUGUUUCCUCCUUUGAAUUUGAAGUAGGUGGUACCAAAGGUUGGAUUGUUCCCUCUGCAAAUGACACCAAAAUUUACAACGAUUGGGCCUCCAGAAACAGGUUCAAGAUUGGUGAUAGCGUCCGUUUCAAGUAUGAGAAAGAUUCAGUAAUGGUGGUGAGUGGUUCAGAGUACAACAAAUGUGAUUCUACACAUCCCCUGUUCUUCUCCAAUGAUGGAAACACAGUGUAUCAAUUUGAUCGGUCUGGGUUCUUUUAUUUCAUCAGUGGAGUCUCUGGACACUGCAAGAGAGGACAGAAGGUGAUCAUCAGGGUAAUGGCGCCUGAAGAAGACGACGAAUCGUCUCACUCGUCCGGCGCCCAUGCCAUCUCCACCUUGGGGCUUUCUGCACUUCUUCUUCUUCAGUUUGUUUUGUCAUUCAUUUGGUUCCAUCUUCUUUAG